AAACCAAUACCAAGACGCGUUGAGUGGCUGAAAACUAUUUGAACAACAAAAUUGUAAUCUAAUCGCCUGGGCAAGAACCGGAGAACAUUGCAAUCGAAAUCGGUAUCGCCGUCUACUCCCACGCACCCGCGCACACACCACACUCCGGUUCCCUGCAGAAACUCCACACAGGGAAACAAAAUGCUUAAGAUUGCUGCCGAGGGAAUUGCGCCACGUCUGGCCGCCUGCUGCCUCAUCAGCGCCAGCGCUCAGAGCAGUUGCCACCGGGUGGCCCCACAGUCGGCAAGGGCCACACAGAAGUACCUCUCCCAGUCGCAGCACCUGCACAAGAAGCUGAUCAUCAAGGAUCACUACGAAUUUGAUCAGAAGGUCAUCAACAGCGACAAUCCUGUGAUUGUGAAUUUCCAUGCCGAGUGGUGCGACCCCUGCAAAAUACUCACACCCAAGAUGCUGGAGCUGCUGGAGAACUCAGAUGAGAUAGAUGUGGCCAUCAUUGAUGUGGAGACGAACCUGGAUCUCGUCGAGACGUUCGAGGUGAAGGCCGUGCCCGCUGUCCUUGCCUUUCGCAACGGCGUUGUUGUGGAUAAAUUCAUUGGCCUGGUGGAUGCCAACAGCAUUGAGACGCUGAUUGACAAGCUGAAGCGGAAGCAACAGCAGAAGCAAUAGAGGAGCAUUAACAGGAUUAAGGUGGUCGGAUGCGGGGGGGGCCUCGGAUACAAUAAUAAACAUAGCUUUGCCGCAAAACGAGAUUUUAUAUA